UGUAAGCAAGAUGGCGGCGCGCGUGGCGCAUUCUUGCGCCGCGGAAACAGGUCACUGACAGCUUCGUUCGUGGCUGCACAUUAGAUUUGCUCGGUGGAAUAUUUCACCACGCAACAGCCAACGACGCGGACUUAAAAGAAAGAAGAAUCAUGAAGGUGUUGUUGAGACGGAUGGUUUCGUAUCCUCAGAGCGUCGUCCAGUCUGGCAGACUCAGGAUCGCUCUCCUUAACGCUUUCCGGCGUUCGCCCACUCACCGCACCCUGUUCAGCGAGACCGGCGUGUGGGAGAAGGACUAUCGGACGGAGACUCGAUGCAAAGUGGAACAAUGGUGGCACCCGCGAAUUAUGGCGCAGUGGCGCAAGGACUCACUUCAGAAGGAUCAGAACCGGGAAAAGUUCUAUGUUCUCUCCAUGUUCCCGUACCCGUCGGGACGACUGCACAUGGGCCACGUGCGCGUCUACACGAUUAGCGACGUCAUUGGCCACUUUCAGAGAAUGAGAGGUUAUCAGGUAUUAAACCCAAUGGGCUGGGACGCUUUUGGUCUCCCAGCAGAGAACGCGGCUAUCGAGAGACGUCUCGAUCCAGAAGAUUGGACUAAAAGGAACAUCAAGUCUAUGCGGGAGCAGCUAGACAGCCUUGGCCUUUGCUUUAACUGGGAUCGGGAGGUGACCACUUGCCUUCCUGACUACUACAAGUGGACACAGUAUCUCUUUGUUAAGCUCUUCAAAGCAGGGCUGGCUUAUCAGAAAGAGAUUUGCUCGUGUGCGUGCGUGCGUGCAUGUGUGGAUGCGUUUGGAAUUCAGGCUGUGGUGAACUGGGACCCCGUUGAUCAGACGGUACUGGCUGAUGAGCAGGUGGAUGAAAAUGGUCGCUCCUGGAGGUCUGGCGCCCUGGUGGAGCAAAAGUUGCUCACCCAGUGGUUCAUCAAGACCACACGUUACGGCAAGCCUCUCCUGGAUGCUUUGUCUGACCUUCCAGAGUGGUACGGGGUUAAAGCCAUGCAGGCAAAUUGGAUUGGAGAGUGCACCGGCUGCUAUUUUGAUUUCAAACUCAAGGUGAGCGGGGAGGAGACGGAUGAAAUUCUGUCGGCGUACAGCUCCUCCCCGGAGGCUGUGUUCGGUGCGGCGUACUUGGCCGUCCUGCCCUCCCACAGAUUGCUGCAUGGGAGCAGCUCAGUCCGCUCUGUGCUGGAGAAAGCCUACCAGCCAGGCAGAGACUCCCUGACAGAAGUCACAGCUGUCAACCUGUUCACCGACCACGAGGUUCCUCUGGUCAUAUCUCAGAGAGAGGCAUUUGAUGGCUAUCUGGACACAGUGGUUGGCACACCAGACUGCAGUAAGGAGCAUCGGUCUGUGGCCGAGACGCUGAAUUUAACGUGGACCAAUGUUCUGAAGAGCCAAGAAGAUGGGACACAAAUUGUCAUUAAUUCUGAUGAGUUCUCAGGACUCACCAGAGAACAGGCUUUUCACUCCAUUACCCAGAAAGCCAGGGAGCAGAAGGUGGGGGGCCACCUUACCAGCGCAAAGCUCAGGGACUGGUUGAUAUCCAGACAGCGUUACUGGGGCACACCCAUUCCUGUGGUGCAUUGUGGGCGCUGUGGUCCAGUUGCUGUUCCCGAAGAGGAUUUGCCAGUAACCUUGCCGAAGCUGCCGUCUCUUACCGGAAAGGGGGCAUCCCCUUUGGAGGCGGCCCAUCUUUGGGUCAACUGCAAAUGUCCAAGAUGUGACGGGCCGGCAAAGAGGGAGACCGAUACCAUGGACACGUUUGUAGACUCGGCCUGGUAUUACUUUCGUUACAUCGACCCUCAUAACUCGGACAGGCCUUUUGAGCGCCACCUAGCGGAUCGUUGGAUGCCUGUGGACGUGUACAUUGGAGGAAAGGAGCACGCCGUCAUGCAUUUGUACUAUGCGCGCUUUCUGUGUCAUUUCUGCAAGGACGAGGGCCUCGUGGCGCACAGGGAGCCUUUCAGAAAGCUACUUGUCCAGGGUUUGAUCAAAGGUCAGACUUUCCGACGAGCAGACGGUGGCCAAUACCUAAAGAAAGAAGAGAUAGACUUCACAGAAAAAGAGCCAGUGGCGUUGGGAGGCGGAAGCGUGGAAGUGACAUGGGAGAAAAUGAGCAAAUCUAAACAUAAUGGUCUGGACCCCCAAGAGGUGGUGCGGCAGUACGGCGUGGACACAGUUCGGCUCUACAUCCUUUACGCCGCACCGCCUGAGCAGGACAUCCUCUGGAACCUGAAAAAGGACGCGCUUCCCGGGGUCUUGCGCUGGCAGUCCAGACUGUGGCAGCUUGUGAGCAAGCUGCGAGGCGCUCGGCAACUCGGUGACGUGCCCGACCCCUCCUCGCUGAAAAAGAAGGAGCUGGCGGAGUCGAAGAAGAUCUGGAAUAACAAGAAUUACGCAAUUCAAGAGGUGACGUCUCACUUCACAGAGGACUUCUUGUUCAAUGCGGCCAUUUCUCGCCUCAUGGGAUUGACCAAUACUUUGACUAGUGCGUCUGUGAGUGUGGUGCAGCACAGCGUGGAGUUUGAGGAUGCGCUUGGCGCGCUGAUUGUGAUGACGGCGCCCAUGGCGCCUCACCUCGCCUCCGAACUUUGGGCAGGCCUUUGCCGGGUGAACAACCCCAUCAGCACCGCUCUCCGGCACGGUGGAGACGUCCUGUCCCAGUCCUGGCCUACUGUGGAUCCCGAGUUCCUGGAGACCCCUGACUUUGUGGACAUUUCUGUGCUGAUUAACAACAAAGCGUGCGGGACAGUAAGUGUACCGGUGCUGCUCUCCAAAGAUUUGGAGCAGGUGCAGAAGCUGGUCAUGGAGAGCCCUCUUGGACAGAAGGUUCUGAAAGAACUGCACAUCAAGAGAGCUGUCCUCUCUCCCCGGACUACCCUCAUUAAUUUCCUAGUCGGGGGGUGAUGUUUGGACCCCCCCCCACCCCCACCCUCACCUUGGGUGACUGUUCGCAGGUAGCGAAUGUCCCUCAGUGGCAAAAAAGGAAGAUUGUUACACGCUGAAAACUAAUAUUAGAAGUGGGGAACACCUUAAUAUUGCGAUCAUUUGCGUCGUAUCAAUCAUGCCACAGUAACUGUCCAUACACAAUUUUAUAAACAUUGUAUUUAACUAUUUAUCCACUUUUGGCUCUUCCGCUACUCCGCGUCAUACAAUUUAAGUCGUCACACAUUCGUGAAAAUUAAGUCAAUAUUACUUGGUUUUAAUUUUGCUUUCACCAAACAGCAAAAUAUAUAUAUAUAUAUUUUAGCUGAUGAAUGGCAAUCAUGAUUAAUUUUGCUGAAAAGAAUCAAGGUACAGUGGACCCCCAUUAUUAGCACGGAACGGGGACCGGGUCAGAACAUGUGCAUAAUUGAGGCCUGUUGUAAUUGCGUUUGAGGAACACCCCACACCCUCUUUUUUUGGUGUGAAUUAGCGAGAAUGAAACGCAAAUAAGUAUUUUCUGGGUUGGUUACCGCCUAAAAAGAAUUAAUAAAGAGAAAAUAAUUGGGGAGAAAAAUCUACAGAUUGAAACUGUUGCGCGAGUGUGCUAUGUGAAUCCUGCCAUCAUACUACAUACUGCACACAGAGUGUGUGCAUCGCUAUGGUCCGCUCUGCAUGUGUGUAACAAAUUCAGACAAAACAUUUUUGUAAAAAUCCAAAAUAUUAAAAAAAAAAAACCUA